GUACGGAGCGGCGGAUACGUGAUGCGCGAUACGCUAACGACUGUUAUCAUGACUACCGCCGUGGCGAUCUCGUUCGGUUAGAGUUACGGUCGGGGUCGAUUCGACGCGCGACGAGGCCGCGUUGCCGCGCAACGUUAACCCCCCGCCGCCGUGCAUCAGCUCUCUUCCUCGGUGGUGGCGGAGGAGAGAGAGGUCCAGUCGCGCCGAGAGAGCACCGCGCCAGAUCGGCCGUGCCGCCGUGUACACCUCACACCGUACCGUACCGUGCCGUUCCCGCGGGGGCGGCAAUCGGCAGAGGAGCGCGGAGGGCUCUAUGUCAAGUCUACGACUACGACGACGAGGUGGAGCGUAGCGCGCCAACAUGAAGAAGCUGUUUUCGAAGAUCGACAACACGUCGAAGGAGCCCAACAGUUACCUGGGGAAGGUGUUCGUGGUGGGCCGCCACGCGGUCACCGUGGAGGAGGUCUUGGCGGAAGGAGGAUUUGCGAUUGUGUUUUUGGUCAAAGCCUCAGGUGGACGAUAUGCGCUUAAACGAAUGUAUGUCAAUAAUGAACAUGAUCUUAAUGUAUGCAAAAGAGAGAUACAAAUUGCUAGCAACUUGAGUGGACAUAAAAAUAUCAUAGGAUAUGUAGAUAGUAGCAUAACUCACACCGGUGGAGGAGUACACGAACUUCUACUGUUAAUGCCUUAUUGUAAAUCCCACGUUCUUCAAAUGAUGAAUAACAGGCUGCAAACAGGUUUCAGUGAAUCAGAAGUUCUACAAAUUUUUUGUGACGUUUGCGAAGCCGUGUCUCGGUUGCAUCAUUGUCAAACUCCCAUAAUUCAUAGAGAUCUCAAGGUGGAAAAUAUACUGCUCGCCGACAGCGGUAAUUAUGUUCUAUGUGACUUCGGGUCCGCGACGGGAAAAGUUCUUAAUCCCAGUGUCCACGGCGCCGCAGUGGUCGAGGAGGAAAUCAAGAAAUAUACCACUCUAAGCUACAGAGCGCCCGAAAUGGUUGAUAUGUACUGUGGAAAACCUAUUACUACAAAAGCAGAUAUAUGGGCUUUGGGGUGUCUGCUAUAUAAACUUUGCUUUUUUACGUUACCGUUUGGCGAAAGUACGCUUGCUAUACAAUCUGGAAAUUUCACUAUUCCAGAUAAUUCAAGAUACAGCAAAGCUCUCCAUUGCUUGAUCCGAUACAUGCUCGAGCCAGAUCCCGACGUACGCCCAGAUAUUUAUCAAGUUUCCGUGGUUGCUUUUCAAAUUCAAGGCAAAGAGUGCCCUGUGCAAAACUUACAUAAAGUUCCGACGCCGACUGUAGAGUCGUUACCAUGUCCACCUAUGGAAUCCGAGAAUGUAAAAAAAUCGUCAUCUGUGAAGACUCCCAAAUCCGUGCCGAUGGCGACGACAGUCGAAGGCACGUCAGUGACGCCGAGACAAAGACCAAAGGGACAAGCUGUUAGCACGGGACCGAUUAGUUUGGGUGGUCAAAUUGUGGGGCAGAUAUCAGGCCAAGGAAAUCAGGGGCAAAAUACACCAGGAAAUUCUAUGUCUUAUGUUCAAGUAUCACCACACGUUUGUACUCCUAAUCAAAAUGUUCCUUUCGGCCAAUCGCCGGGACAGUCGUCACAAUACGGUCAAUCGCAGAGCCCGAUGAUAACUCACUCUCCUGUAACUCAACAAUCGCCUAUGACUGUUCAAGAUAAGAAUGCAUUUUACUUCGACUCGAAACAACACGAUACGAGAGGUACGGCAAACGAGAAAAAUUUGGAGGCUCUAUUUCCACCGUCAGGAUAUCCGGAUCCAUUUAAAGACGAUGCAAGGGCGAUGCCACCACCUACCAAGAUACCACCUCCUGUUGCCCCUAAGCCUGGCAAGGUUCUUCCGAAAAUAUCUAAUCCUAGUUACCCAUCGUCAUCCAAGUAUCCACCAGUCACGUCAUUACCGUCGAAAUUGUCCGUUCCUGCAGGGCCUAACAAGGCGACUCCACCUACAGUAACGCCGCCAGCUUUACCGAAACCUGUGAAUAAAACUGAGAGUUUGAGUCAAAAUAUAAGUUCGAGCACAUCGCCACCUGACAGCCCGAUAUCGUCGUCCUCGCGGCAUAGGAGGAACGUCAGUGAUACUAGUGCUUUUAACAAAGCAUUUGCUACUGAAACCACACAAUUCUUAGCACCAUACGAGGCUUCGGUCAAGCCACGUUCCAAUGAUACGACUACACCUCCAGAACUUCCAAGUGAUAUAAGGCCUUGUAUAGCAACUAGUGCCUCGCAUGUACGUGUUGGUGAACUUUCAAGCCUAAUGGGAUCAGAAGGAAGAUCAUUGAGCGCAGAUGUAGCCGCGUGGAAUCCGUUUGAAGAUGUACAGCCUUUUAAUCAGUUAACAGAAGAUCAUAUUUUUGGUGCUGAGUUCGACAAAAUAAGAAGAGGGAGCAAUACGAGUAUCAGUGGGGUGAAAAGUCGCGAAAGCCUUGUCAUGACGUAUACAGAGUUACCAGAAGACCCUUUUGAAUCCGCACCCUUUAGCCUGCCAACAGGGAAGAAGAGUAAAAUUGGAUCAAAGACUGCUGCUAUUGCUGGAGGGAAAUCGACGAACGGUAGGGCGAGAGCACCUGCGACGCAGUGGAACUCCGGAGUUGAGCACAAUACCGGCGGCGUGGACGACGAGGCGUCCCUGAUCACGGAAUCCAGCCCGGUCUCGCCGCCGUUUGUCCGCGCGCCGGCGGAGGAUCGUUCCAAGUACGAGAAGCUGGCGUUCAACGCGGACGAGGUGUCCAGCGACAGCGACAAGGGCGCGAAGGAGACUAAAGAGCGGCCGAAGAAGGCGAAGCGGCGGCGGGUGAAGAAUGUGUUGAGCCGCAAGAGGAGGGUGGCCGCGCAUGAUAACGCGGAGAGUGCGAACGCGGCGAGCGUGGAGUACGAGUCGGACGACUCGAUCGGCUCGGCGAGCGAUCUGCGCGCGAUGAACGACGAGGAGGGCAACGACGAUCGCGAGAACGACGACGACGACGACGAUGAGGACGGCAACGUGCGCGGCAAGCACGACGAGACCAUCUCCGAGAGCGUGCGCACGUGCGGCAGUUCCGCUUACCACGCGGAAUGCGAGUCCGUGGCGACGCACGAGGACGACUACCGGAUGAAGAGGCCGAGGAGGCAUCACUAUCGGCAGCAGGAGCAGCAGCUGCCGACGAUCGACGCGGAUCCGAUCGUCGGCCACCAGUACGGCGAGAAGCCGCUGCUGCUGGACGACGAGCUGGACCCGGAGUCCAAGCCGGAGCAGUCGCACGGCGAUCCGUUCGUGCGGCACCAGUACGGCUCGAAGCCGCUGCUGUUCAACAAUGGCGACAGCUCGUCCGACGACAACGAAAAAUCCAAGUCGCUGAACAACGGACUGUGGAAGAUGGAAGACGACGUGUUUGCUCUGGCGCCCUUUCCCAGAUCCAGCAGCUCCCGGAAGAGCAGCGACAGUCGCGAGAGCGAGACGAAGAACGCCGAUCCCGGCAGCGCGAGGAACUCGCCUCACAACUCCAACUUGGUGACGCCGAUCGCCAGCUCGCCGAUACCGGCGGAAGUGUUCGUGGACGUGGCGGACAGUAAAACGGCACCGCCGCCGCCGUCCAAGCCGCCCGCCUUGUCCUGCAAGUAUCCGAAGAGCAUCAGCGCCGUGAACAACCAAAUCAUCUACGAAGAGGCACCGUCCUUUCAUCAGCCGAUCGUUCAAGCGUCGCCGGUGAAGAACAGCCCGCACGUCAGCAUCGCCGAGGAGGACGAGAACGUCGAGCGGGACCUCUUCGGCUCGUCCCCGUUCAGUCCCAGUGGAUUCACCAAUCCGUUCAACAGCGUGCAGUCUGGUUUCGACGCGCCGGCUCAGCCGAUGUCGACGAUCCUCAGCCCGGCGGGCUCCUCGUACGUGGACUACGCUAACUGCAUCCCGCUGCAGUCUUGCAAUAACUAUUUUUCUAGUCAUGCGAGCACAGUGGCGUCCACGUCGAAGUACGGCAUGGUGACCGUGAACUCCGAGACGGCGGUCAUUCAGGAGCCUUCCAAGGAUCUGUUCGGAUCCAUUCCGUUCGAGGAGUUCGCCUCGCUGAAAAUCAACGAGCAGCAGCCGCAGCCGCGUCCGACGUCUCUCUCGCUGUCCCAGUCGCCGAGCUACGCGGACAGCACGGCGCUGACGACGACGUUGCCAGUUAGCGUUGUGCAGUCGCCGAAACACACUAUUGUCCACCUGACACCCACGCCGCCGUCGCAGCCGCAGUCUACUCCUACUUUUACCAUUCAGCCGACUGCACACACCGCCCGGAUCACCGUGCAGGCGGUGAACAGCGUCUCCAAGGUGGACAUCACGUCCGACAUAAUCUCGCCAAUGUCACCCGAGCCGCUGGUCGUCGCGGACGACGACACGCCGAAGCACAACAAGAAGGACAAGUCCAAGUCGGACAAGUCCAAGUAUCAUCUGAUCAACGAGAACCACGGUGACGUGAUGAACGUGUUGCCGGUGCAUAAAACAUCUCACAAGAUCAAGUCGGUGAGCCACAAGAAGACGCCGAAGGGCAAGAAAAGCACGGCCGCGACCGCCGGCUUCAGCAACAUGAGCUUCGAGGACUUCCCGAGCGACGAGAAUGAGGAGAGGCAAACGGGCCGGACGAAAGUGGCACCAUUCGAGGUGAUCCGCGAGACGUCGGAGAAGCGAUUCGGAUCGUUGAAGAGACGGAGCAAUCCGUUCACCUGAGAUGAGGUCCUUCCCGCUAAGAGCUAGUUAGCACAAGGCCGUUCACUAGGAAUGCAGAUACUAACGCGAUACAUUUGAUCAAUACGUUGUGUAUAUUUGUAGAGAUCACCCGGUGAACGUCGGAUCAGCUGGUGAUACUCUAAAUUUUUUUUUUUUUUUUUUUGUAUCGGCCGGAAUUUCAUUAUGUAUAUUACAAAUCCGAGCAGUUAACCAGAUUAAUUUAAUCUCAGUAAAAGUGACGUAGUAAACAAUUUCCAACUAGGAAGUCCAAUCGACAUACAGGUUGUAUAUAGAGAAAAAUGCGUUUGAGGCAAUUCGCCUUCCGAGUUCGAACGCGCGACUUUGUCAGAAGAGUGAAAUUCCGAGUGAAAUGUAAUUAUGCCUGUUUUACAUUACCUGUUUUUGAGAUGCGCGUUUGUGAAAAAAUAUAAGAUAUAGAAGCAUGAUUUAACGUGCCAAUUUCUUUCAAUUUCUUUGUUAAGUGUUUAAUAAGUUUCAAGAGAGAUUACGAUAAUAUUUUAUCGUGUAAAAUUUCUCUGCAAUUACCUCUCGAAAAUGUUUUGUACUGCAGUAAUCAUUAGUAUUUGCUGUUUCUUCAGCAUUGAAAUUAUCUUUGAAUUAACCAAAUGACACAAGAUCUUUGAAUAAAAGAAUAAAAAUGUACGUGAAAAAUAUAGAAAUAGCAGGGAUAUUGUUUCUUGAUACUUGAAUAUUUCUUCACAAACGUCGAUAAUGUGAUGUGAUAGCAGCAGCUAGCUGCAUAUGUUUAUAUCAGCAGGCAUACAGCAUGAACAAAUAUAUUUAUAUGCAUACAUGCCUAAUCGAACACACGUGUGAUGGGUCGUAUAAGACGUGAUUUACACUAAAGUCGGAAAGUAUUAAUUCAUAUACUACCACUUUUUAAUUACUUUUUGCAUUUUUAGAAGAUUUACACAGACAAGACAGGUGGCGAUAAGAAAUUGACGGGAGGAGGGGGAGGGAUAUUACAUUGGAAAAAAAACGUUGCUUUUUUUUGUGAAAAGAAAGAAAAAGACACUUUCCAACGUGCAACCAGGUUGUGGAACUUGGCAGCUUGAUACCAAAAAUGAUGAGGGGAAAAAAAAAUAGAGAAACCUCGUACAUCUAUUUUUGCAGCUAAGUCUUUUCACUACGUUUGUACUUUAAAAAAUUUGUAGAUUUCUACUAGUACAAUCUACUAGUUCUUACAAAGCAAUUUUUCUAAGAAAAGUUAUCUGAAACUAUACUAUAUACAUAUAAACCUGUAAAUGUGUAAUUCAAUCGCAGGGCUCGAUGGGGGGGAGGAGAAGUUUUUAUGUAUUUAUCGUCUCUCGGUGAAGAGAUCGUAACGAAGUAUUCCUCGUGAAGAUUAAACGUAACGCAUACAGAAUUACGGAGUUCGAUAUUAUAAAGGCGCAGAUAAUAGCAUUCACGUGACUCGUGAAUAUUUGUCGUGAAAGAGCGAGUAGAGUAUUCGCGCAACGAAUUGGCCUUAUCUUGUAAGACUGACUUAUUGUUUAACAGUCUCGAUUAACAAUCGAAUCGUUCUAAGAUGACUAUGUCUCGUUUAAGUAACUGCUUAUAAACUCGAUAGCGCUAUAAUUCACAGAUCAACUCAUCUGAAAUGAACACUAACGACGCAACUCGCACCCGUCACAAAUCGGGACUGUUAAAUAAAAUGUACGAGCAGUAGAAGCGAUAUUAGUAUUUAGCAGGAACAUUUACUAAUAUUCAUUUCUAUCACAUUGAAUUGUAAACUGUUCGACUUACCAAUGAAUUUAAUAUGACGGAAUUUUAUAACUUUUGGAAUGACUUGAAUCGGAACUCUUUGUACUGCUAAUAUCUUGCGCCUUUCUAAUCGAGUCUACGGACAGGAUCUAGUUCAUUGUAAAAAGAUGUGACAAUAUUAUAAAAGAAGAUGUUUGUAAUCUACGUGUUCUUACGCGCACGCAUUAUACAUAUGAAAAGAGAUGUAACAUAAUUUUGUAGAUACUAGCUCGUAUGAUUAGGUGCCUUCCUUUAUGAAGUAGCGUUGCAAGCUUUGCAGUCUUUGCUGUCGUGUAGUAUAAAAGCUGAUAGUAUUAUAAGAUUGAAAAAUAAAAAAACAGAGUCAAUUGUAUUUGUACAUGUAAGGGAUAGUGUAUUUGAAAAGUUGUUUUCCGUUUUUAGUUCCUAUAUGUAACGGUGAAAAAUAUGUAAUCUAUAUAGCGAAGUAGAAGCAAUCUUUGAUGCUAUCGCAAAAAUAAUGAGAGUUAUUUACGUAUGCAGGUAGAGUUAAAUGUUUCAAUUUCGGCGAACCGCCUUGAAUUUGACGCGAAGUCGAAUUAUUUGAAUGUAUUUAUUGAACACGCGAGAGAGAGAAGCGUUGCUAUUCCAAACGUGAAAAUUCUCUCCGUCAUUCUGUGCACUGUAAAAUAGAGCAAAGUAGGCGCUAAGAAACACACCAAGCAUUUUUGUCUUUAAUUUAACGUCCUAAGAAGAUGCGAUUCAAUUGUAUAAACUCUUAUAGCUAUACUAAACAUA